CGAACCAAUGCGUUUCUUACUACACUAAAAUGGAUAUUUAAUGAGUAUUUAUCCAGUUUGAGUAUUUAAUCGGAUAAAAUCCCAACACUACUUACGAGCGGUACGAACGAUUAUACUCAACUCAAGCAAACGGUCGCGGUCGGCUCAACGGUGAACUUAUCAAAAUUACCUAAAACAAAUCAAUUAAUGCAAAAAAUGCGAAAAUUUACAAGUAAAAUAAUUAUUUUUGCAUUAUUUUCAUUUAUUUUCAUAACUAUGUUUAAAAAAUAUAUGUCUUCUCGAAGUGCGUUGUUAAAAAGUAAACAGUUUAAUGCUAAGAAACCAGGAAUGAAGUACAUUUUACAGUGGACCAAUCAUGAGAAUAUACCGUUUGCGCACAUGGGUUUAGGACAAACUGGAUUUAUCGGAAGAGAGUGUGAAUAUACUAAUUGUUAUGUUAGUGCCGAUGCAAGUGAAUUGGGCAGUGUUACAGCAUACGACGUGGUUAUGUUUGCGGGGCCCGAGUUAAUAUAUGACGACCUAUCAUUGCCUAAAGAACGGUUGCCAUAUCAAAAGUACGUAUUUGGAAGCACUGAAUCUCCAGGGAACUAUCCCUUGUGUAUUCACAAUUUCAAUUCGUAUUUUAAUUGGACGUGGACGUAUAAAUUGGAUUCUGACGUUCGUUGGGGCUACAUUGUGGUGAAAGAUGCUAAGGGCAAUAUUGUUGGUCCCAACAAAAACAUGCAUUGGAUACCGUGGAAGGAUAUGGAUCCAGUAGAUGAAACCUACAAGCUGUAUCUAAGGGGUAAACGCAAGGCUGUUGCAUGGUUUGUCUCGAAUUGUCGUUCAAGAAGUCGCCGCGAAGACUAUGUAAUACAUCUUAGAGAGGAGUUGCAAGAAAACUAUUCUUUAGAUGUUGAUGUUUAUGGAGAAUGUGGAUCGAACGUUUGUCCUCGUGAUAAAGAAAAGGAAUGUGCUGCAAUGUUAUCCAAGGACUAUUAUUUUUAUUUAUCCUUUGAAAAUUCCUUCAGUGAAGAUUAUGUCACGGAGAAGUUGUUGCAUGCCCUACAAAAUGAUGCAGUGCCCAUUGUUUAUGGAGGUGCUAAUUAUAGCAGGUUCCUGCCAGACCGAUCGUAUUUGAACGCCAGGGAUAUGGGAGUACCACAAUUGGCUGAGUUGAUAUAUAGCUUGAUUCAGGAACCAAGUGCUUACGCCGAGUUCUUCAGGUGGAGAAAGUACUAUUCGUACCACAGGACGACGAAGCUCAAGGAGACCAAUGAGUACUGUAAGAUGUGUGAGGCAUUGAACAAUGAGGAAUUAGUGAAAAACCAUUCGACGAUUUUUUCAUUCAGUGAGUUUUGGGAAGUAUAUGAAACGUGUUGAGGGAACGUGUACAUAUAGUUAUGUAGAUAGUUUUAUUUCGCGUCAAAAUAUGGUCAACAAUAACAAUGCACAAUGGCAUGACCUCGACUAAUAUAAUAAAAUGUCAAUUCGUGGUAGAACUGUAUUCAUAGUUCUUUUUUAUCACAGUAAUUUGUACCUCAUUACUAUAAACUGCAGGUUAAUGACAGUUUAUUUUGAAUGGUACAGUUGUUGAAUAAACAUUUGGUACAAACAUAUUUUUAUACUUUACAAUAAAAUCAGAUUUUGAAAUUGC